GUGUUCCCAGUCCAGGCAACGAAUAAAAAUAAGGAAAUCACCGCAAUGCUUAUGUAUUCCAAAGACGAUGGUGAGACAUGGAAGUUUGCAAAUGGCUUCACUGAACUGGGUUGCACCGAAUCUUCUAUUCUUGAAUGGGAGGGAAAAAUCAUAUUGAACGCACGUACGGACAUUGGUUACCGCAAAGUCUUUGAGUCCACAGACAUGGGGGAGACAUGGACAGAGGCUGUUGGUACACUCUCCCGAGUGUGGGGGAACUCACCAAAACGUAAAGGACCUGGUAGUCAGAGUCCCUUCAUUCCUGUAACGAUUAAGGGGAGGCGUGUGAUAUUGUUUACACACCCCCUGAAUUUCAAGGGUAGAUGGAACCGUGACCGACUCCAUCUGUGGGUAACGGACAACAACCGUAUAUUUGAUGUUGGUCAGAUUUCCAUUCGUGAUGAGAACGCCGCCUACAGUUCACUGCUCUACAAGGAUGACAAGUUGUAUUGUUUGCACGAAACCAAUCUUCAGGAGAAUUACAGUCUUGUUUUUCUCGAGCUAAAAGAAGAACUAAACUUGAUCAAGUCAGUGGUGAAGACAUGGAUCAAGCAGGACAAGAACUUUUCAGACAUUUGCACCCCAGUCAACCCAAAGACACAGGCUGGUGCAAGUGACUGCGACCUCCCGUUCCCCACUGCUGGACUUGUUGGCUUCCUUUCCGAUGGCGGUGACGGUAAACAGUGGAAGGACGCGUACCGCUGUGUGGACGCCAGGGUGAAAAAUGCUGAGAAGGUUCUCAAUGGUAUGAAAUUCAAAGAAGUUGGUGCAGGGGCAAUUUGGCCAGUAGGUAAGCAGGGACAGAACCAGCGAUACCAUUUUGCAAACUACAUGUUUACGCUGGUAGCAACGGUACNUGUUGACGGGGAGCCCUUGGCAUGCUCAGGGGAGAAGCUUCAAUACGAUACAGAUUCCCCCGUUGUUUCACACUUCUACAUUGGUGGAUACGGAACCAGUGAACUGGAGACGGAUGGCCAUGUAACAGUGACCAACGUUCUUUUAUACAACAGACAACUGAACCAGAGCGAACUCAAAACCUUGUUCUUGGCCAGGGAUCAAAUUGCAGAUAACACCUGGGGNGUCGGCAACCCAGUCCCACUAUUGGGAGUGAGCUUGGAUGAGGCUGGUGGCAAGAAGGUUCUGGGACUCUCAUUUAACAGCGACCAGAAGUGGAACCCAAUAUGCGGGAAGAUUAAAGCCGCACCUACCGGAUCGUGGGAACUGAACAAGGCAUACCAGGUGGCACUCACUUUUGAACACGGAGUGGGUUCGAUCUAUGUUGAUGGGGAGCCCUUGGCAUGCUCAGGGGAGAAGCUUCAAUACGAUACAGAUUCCCCCGUUGUUUCACACUUC